UGAUCUCACUGAGGGGGUUCAGGCCUAUGCAGAACAGCAGUGGGGACAGAGCAUCUCCUUGGUAGAUCCCGCACUUGAUGGUGACUUGUGCUAUGGGCUUGAGGUUGGCCUCCAGUGUUGUCCGCCACAUCCCCAUUGAGUUCCUGAUGAAGGCUCUCAGGGUCCUGUUGAUCUUAUAUAGUUCUAGGCAUUCCAGGAUCCAGGUGUGGGGCAUUGAGUCAUAGGCCUUCUUGUAAUCAAUCCAGGUGAGUCUGGUCCUGCAGUCUCUUAUACUACAGCCUAGUAAUGGGGAAAUGGAAAUGACUUUUGCUUCUGGGCAAAUCUAAGUUAUUUUUGGACAGGUAUUGAACAGGUAUCAUUGUUGUGUGUUCUGGUAUUCAUUAGCAAAUGAAUGAACUCAAACCUAAAGCUGAGGUAUGACAAGUAGCAGCUGAAAGUAGCCAGUAGGAAAAGAUCUUUUAUAAAAUACUAAUUACAGAGGCUUUAAGGAAUCAGUCAUUCAUGUGGCAGAUUGAGCUACAGAGACUCCACGUUGCUUUUGAUUGAGUGUAGUAGUGUCUGUAAUGUAACUAUACACCAAAAAUGAACAGAUGAUAGAACUUAUCUUUUAUUGAUGUUGGCUGUUUAUUUGAAUUUUGUUAUUUUAAACUUCUAUCCUUCCUCUGUCGUACCAAAAUGAAGUCUCGGUGUAUCUGUCUUUAUAAGUCAGUUACUGUAAGUGCAAAUGGUGUUGGGUUCCAGUCUGUGGCGGGAAACAAUAAAGCCAGCUCUUUUUUUUCCAAUACUGACAUCUCCGCCCAUGCAGCUGUUAAGCCCAGAGUGCUGGUCUCACUGUGUGUAGAGACUCCAUGGAUACAAGCAGAAACAGUCCCCUGUUCAGCCUUUUAAAAGACUCAAGCUUUGUGAGCGAGGAGAGGUGGAUGCAAAUGAGGGAACAUGCGUGUGUGUGUGUGUUUAACUCUCUCAGGGCGGUGGAUGUGUGAAAAAGUGCAGACCACAACACUAAAGUGCUUUUAUUGUUCCACUUUGUGCCCAGUCCAGUCUUCUUCUACCUCUAGUAUCACUGGAGCUUAACUGCUGUCAGGAGUCUGGACCUAAAAAUGUUUGUGACUGUCUUGUUUGGAGAGGGCAGGAUGGAAAUGUUCAAUCUCAACUGUAAGCUGAUAAACUUCCUCAAUCAUUUGAAAGAGAGGGCUGGUGUGGACUCCAAAGGUACUGGACUGAAAUGCUGGAUCAUUUUAAAUUGUUCUUAUACAAAUUCUAAAAGCAACAAAAUUCUUCCUGCAGAUUGUGUGGACCUGAUGGACAGCAGUGGUAAAGUGAUGAACCUGGCAGCCAAGCAGCACAAUUUGGCUCUGGCCAGCAGUGUGCUGGUAGCCAGACACUACUACGUCCUCCUGCGAGUCUGCCGAGACCAUGAGGCUGGAGGUCAGAAAUAUGUCUCCCUUCAGAACAACAACAGUCAAAGUCAUCCUGAAUUAACAGAACUGCUGAAGAGGCUGACUGACAAAGAGCCAGACAGAAAGACUAGAAAGAGACGGAUGCCUCAGACCAAAAAUAUUCCUGCAAACAGCAAGAGCCACUAAAUUUAACGCUGUCAAUUUAUAUGUAUAAAUCUGAAUACUUUGAUAUAUUUCUAUUUUAACUGAGCUAAAGUGGAUGAUUUCUUUUUAGUUAAUAAAACUCUAUAUUGAAGAAGUUCAAUAGAAUAAGUUACAUUUUGAGAUUUUAUAUUUCUGCAUUAAAUUGUUACUGUAACCAGAAUGUCACAGAGAGGUAAAUUAGAAGUAUGAGCUGCUGUGUAUCUUUCUUGUGUUUCUAAGCAUUUUCCUUUUCCUGUCUUUUGUGGCUUCCUGUCUGUCUAUGUGAGUUCCUUUUUGUCCAUCUUUCAGUGACUUUCUGAUAUAUUUUGAGAGCUGUUUCCUUGCUAUUUUCUUGACUUCCUGCCUUUGUUCUCUUCCCGCCCUGCUUAUUGUCAGAUUUCAUUCACCUGCACCUUAUAUUCUCCAUAUUGUGUAUUUAGUCUGAAUCCUUUCCCACAGUUCUUCCUCCCUCUUUUCCUGCAUUUUGCCUUUUGGAUUUUUUGAAAUUUGAACCACUUGGAUUAAACUUUCGCUACUUUCUGCAAGUUGGCGUUAAACUUUUCUUUGCGCUAAAUAAAAA